AUGAUUCCUAAACAAUUUCCAAGAUUAUUAGCAGUACGUGACUUGGUAAAAAUAUAUGGUUUAACAGCAAAGUCUCAACUUAGUCAAAAUUUUAUUUUAGAUAAAAAUAUCACAGAUAAAAUUGUAAAAUAUGCAAAAAUAAGUCAAAAUGAUACGCUUGUCGUUGAAGUAGGGCCCGGGCCUGGUUUGUUGACAAGGUCAAUAUUAGAAACAGGAAUUUCUAACAUCGUACAAUUAGCAGAAGCUUCCGAGCACACUUUAAAAAUAAUAAAAGGCGAUAUGUUAAAAAUCGAUCACGAAAAGAUUAUGAAAGCCGCACAUAUAGAUGAAGAUAGAAUCCAGGUCUCUAAUUUACAUCUAAUUGGAAAUCUACCGUUUAAUAUUGCAUCUUCAUUUCUCGUACAAUGGAUAAAAAUGUUAUCAGAUCGAUCGGGGAUAUUUAAAUUUUCUAAUAUUACAAUGACAUUAAUGUUUCAAAAAGAAGUUGGAGAUAGAAUUAUUGCUGAUACAACCAGCCCACAACGUGGUCGAAUGUCGGUCUUAGUGCAAAGUUUUUGUGAAGUCAAAAAGAUUUAUGAAGUUCCUUCAAGUGUAUUUGUACCUCGUCCAAAGGUUGAUGCAAGUGUAAUUCAAUUAACCGCUUUACCUAAUCCGUUCUUGAAAGUCAAAAUUCUAAAUUUAGCGCCAGUUAAUUUGUUGGAAGAAAUCGUUGGAUAUUUUUAUUUAUUCCGGCGAAAAACGCUAAAUUCUAUAUUUAACAAAUUGCAAAAGAAUUUAUCAGAAAAUAAAAAAGAAAUAAUCUUAAAAAUCAUUGAACAAUUGAACGUCGAUAUGUCAUUACGGCCUGAGAAUUUAACUGCGGAACAAUUUUGUUAUUUAACAAAAUUAUUUUAUGAUAAUUCUUUAUCGAUUCCCAAAAAUUAG